UCGAUACCUUAAUAAUACAUUUACAUCCCUACCAGUUAUUGAAUAAAUCGUAGAUUAUAACGGAGAUUUACUUCCGUUGUAAAUUUGCUUGAUUUUCUGUUUUCGUAAUGAUUUAUGGAUAUUUUCAUUAAUAAAACUGUCGCCCAUAACUCUGGUAAAUUAAUAAUUGUUUCACUUUAGAAACCAAAUUCUAAAAUGGACGAUGACACUAGUUCUGAUAUGCAGAAAUGCUUAUCCGACGGACAAGUGGAUACAGAUGAAGGACCAUUGAUCAACGAAAAUUCCAACGGAUUAUCGCAUUUGCUCACGGAGGGUGAGUUCAAUAGUGUGGACGCGGUAGCUGUUGACGAGUCGUCGACUUCAAACCAGGCGUUCCUUAACGCAGUUGAAUUGUCGACGGGCAGUGUUGGGGAUUAUUUAGGCAACAAUACAGAUGGAUUCAACUCGGACUCGUUUGAUGUCGGGGACAACGCCGUCACGUUCCACAGCGAUUCAAUGAACAAUGUUCUAGACGGCGAUUCGUUGUUAGGUGACGCCGGAUAUAAAAUGGCUUCGGACACUGAGGGUGACGUUACCCAGAAAUUAACAAUAGACUCUGUUUUUGGGCAUACCAACGAAAGCAGUGAUUUAAAUGACAUGGCUACCACUGAUGAGGCAGGAAUCGCAGAAAAGACUGCUACAGACGAAAAUAAACAAGGUGACUAUCAUGAAGAAAUGGUUGAUGAUGAACAAUCUAAGAGUUACAACAAUGACUCUGAUAAAGAAGCUGCUGAAAACGAAAUGUCCCAGGUUGAGGAUAUUGAAAAAAUUACAGAAGAACAUGUCAAGGAAAGUGUAACUCCAGUUAAAAGAGCUGUAAAGGUUGGAGGUGCCGAAGAAACUGAAGUUGUUUCAGAGGAUGAACUUCCUGAGGUGCAAAAACCAAGUAUCAAGGAUGCUGAGAAUGUGUCGGAUGAUGAGCUACCUGGCCCCAAACCGGCUGAGCUGCCAGCAGAUACUGAGGUUGUGUCAGAAGAUGAAUUACCAGCUUCAAAGAAGGAUGCUAAAGAAUCUCGCAAACGUAAAACUGGUGAGGAACAAGACGGGUAUGAUCCUGGAUCUCCAACAUCAGAAAACGAAUCCUCAAAUAAAAAACAAGCAGUUGCUAAGAAUGGAGAAAGUAAACCAAUACCUGCAGAAAAACGGACAUCAGUGGAUGAAAAACCAAAAAAGAAAACCCUCCCAGAACUGGACAAGUAUUGGAAGGUGGUCAAUGAUGAUCCUACAGAUUUCACUGGCUGGACAUAUCUGUUACAAUAUGUGGACCAAGAGAGCGACGUGGAGGCAGCACGUGAAGCCUACGACGCAUUCUUGUCUCACUACCCAUACUGUUACGGUUACUGGCGAAAAUACGCAGACUACGAAAAGCGUAAAGGGAGUAAAAAGAAGUGCCUAGAGGUGUUGGAAAGGGGGUUAAAAGCUAUACCACUGUCAGUGGAUCUAUGGAUACAUUAUCUCAAUCAUAUAAAGGCCACUAGGAACGAAGACCAUGCUUUCAUCAGAACUCAAUAUGAAAGAGCUAUUGACGCGUGUGGCUUAGAAUUCCGUUCUGAUCGCCUCUGGGAGUCUUACAUCAAGUGGGAAGCUGAAAAUGGUUCUGCACUCAAUGUGACCAAUAUUUAUGAUCGUCUGCUGGCCACACCGACACUCGGUUACACGUCCCAUUUUGAUAAUUUCCAAGAGCACGUGAUGUCGGAGCCGGCGCCGGGCGUGGUGUCGCACGCGGAGCUGGUGCGGCUGCGCGGCGAGGUGCGCGAGGCGGCGGGCGCGCAGCCGCAGCUCGACCUGCCGCCCGGCGAGGACGAGCCCUCCGACCACGUGGCGUCUGAAGAAGAGGCACAAGCGAUUAAGGAGCGUAUUAUUGCUGCUCGCAGAAAAGUACACAAAGCUACCAGUGAACAAGUAGCAGCAAGAUGGACUUUCGAAGAAGGCAUUAAACGGCCGUACUUCCACGUGAAACCACUAGAGCGAUGUCAAUUGAAGAACUGGAAAUCGUACUUGGAGUGGGAGAAGCAACACGGCUCGUUCAAACGCGCGCUCGUCUUGCACGAGCGGUGCCUCAUAGCCUGCGCGCUCUAUGAAGAGUUUUGGAUGAGGCUCGUAAAAUUCUUAGAAGAACGUGCGGAGUCCGAUCCGGAACUGAUCGCUAUAGAGCGCGAGGUUUUGGAGCGCGCGUGUACAGUUCAUCACCUGGACAAGCCUGACCUACAUCUCUAUUGGGCACACUUCGAAGAGGCCCAGGGUAAUCCCACUAAGGCGGCGGAGAUACUCGACCGGAUAGAGAAAACUCAUCCACAUCUAGUCCAAAUACAGUACAGACGUGUAAACCUCGAACGGCGUCGUGGCGACUAUGAUAAGUGCGCUCAGCUGUACGAAGCCUAUAUAUCGGGUGCCAAGAAUAAGGCUAUCAGUUCAGCUCUCUCCAUUAAAUACGCCCGGUUUCUAUUCCACGUGCGAAAAGAUCCUGCCGGCGCGAGGAAAGUAUUAGACAAGGCGUUAUCUAUCGACCCUCUCAACCCGAGACUUCAUAUGCAGAGAGUCGACAUCGCACUACACACCGAUGGCACCACAUAUGCGGAGUUGGACGAGUUGGUGCAGUCGUAUGAGAAGCAGGAGGGCGCGGAAUUGGAGGUGAGCGCGGGCAUGGCGUGGCGGCGGCGCGAGCUCGCCGAGGAGCUCGGCGCUGCGGCCGACGCUCGCGCCGCUCAUGCGCAUGCGCGCGCCCUGCACAAGCACCUGCGCAAGCGCGCGCGCAAAGACAAGCACGACCCGCCGCCGCCGCCUAGUACUGCCGAUGCAGCCAAGAAAAAGGAUGGAAGCACCGUUGUACCUACUAACAUUAACACAACGGCGGGAAACAAUUCGUAUUACCAGACUGCAGCUGCAACGGCGCAGUCUUACGACCCUUCCUACCAGCAACCAUACCAGCCACCUUGGGGAUACCAGCAGCCGCCUGGUCCCUACCAACACCAUCCCCACCCAUGGUCCCAGUACCCCAAUUACUACUAACUUUUAAUGCACUAAUGAUUAUCAACAUUCAAUGAUAUAUUGGCAGAAUGUUUCCAUUGUCAAUAACAUUUGAUAGCAUUGAUUGAACGGCAUCUUUAACGUAAUGCUGCUUCCAGACAUCGAAACCGUUUGCCGAAAAGAGUCCGAGCUUGAACAACAACGCCAAUAUAUAUGUGUAUUGGGUUAUUUGUAUAUACGGUGUUACGUUAUGACGUGACCCCUCGCGAACUUCCGUAAAAAGGGGACAAUGAGUUUAAGUUACCAGGUAUGUUACGCCAAGUGUGGACGGCGAUAUUUUCUGGCUCGCCAAAACAACUCGGUUACAUUUCGGGUUCGGGAGACGUCCAUACUUGCUAUUGUGAGUGCGUGUGUCUUCAGUAACGCUGUUUUGACAUGGGGUUUCAUGGAUCGUGAAGUAGUUAACAUCUAGCCGAACGUCCAACCCACACGUAUUUGUAGCUUGUACAUAAUUAUAAGCCUUUUUUAAUAGUAUGACUAGACCAGGGUUUCCUAACCUUAGGACUGCGGACACCUGGAGGUCCAUGGGCCCUUCUCAGAGGGUGCCACUGUUCUGAAAUUCCGGGUUCGAAUCACGGGUUUAGCAAAUUGAUAUUAGGUUUUCUGUUCAGUGUCAGCCCGGAGUCUAGAAUUUAUGUGAUAUGGCACCUUGUUAAUCAUGUGACGGAAGACAUGCGGAAAGUGGGUGCCCGCGUUGCAUCUCUGCCUACCCCAUUGGGAAUAAAAGUCAUGUCUGUAAUUUUUUAUUCAUCUUAUUGUUUUUCUAUAAACAAGAGACUAAAAGUGGUGUAUUUUAGUAUUGAAAUAGUGAUGGAAAUUAGAAAAAGACGUGAUAAACGCACCUACGGUUGUGUGCUAAUUUGUAGAUUUGUGUUAGAGUGUGACCUGCACUUUAAAUUUAUCGAGUUCAUGUUCAGACAUGAACUCGAUAAAUUUAAAGUGAACUCGAUAAAUACGUAUCUGAAUACGUUGCAUCCGUUGUAGACGCCCGUCUACAACGGGUGCGUGAGCGUAUCCAAUACGCGGUGAUGUGGUUCGGCUCGGCUCGGAGGUUACGAUGUCUGGACGCAGGAUAACUGGCAACUGAAUAUGGAUGUUGGAAUAAUGUAAUUUUAUGUACUAAUUAAACAUUUUCUCUCGAGGAAUAA